AUGGGAGAAGAAAACCAAUCCUAUGUGACUGAAUUUAUCCUCCUGGGCCUGUCACAGGAUCCACGGACACAAGUCUUGCUCUUUGUUAUUUUUCUGAUCAUCUACGUGUUAACUGUGUUGGGAAAUCUGCUCAUCAUUGUGCUCAUUCACAUAGACUCCAAACUCCACACACCCAUGUACUUUUUCCUUAGGAACUUGUCCUUCGCUGACCUCUGCUUUUCUACUACUACAGUCCCCCAGGUGAUGGUCCACUUCCUGGCAAAAAAGAAAAGCAUUUCCUUUAUUGGAUGCUCAACACAGAUAGUUGUUCUGCUUCUGGUUGGAUGUACAGAGUGUGCCCUGCUGGCUGUUAUGUCCUAUGAUCGGUAUGUGGCUGUGUGCAAACCCCUGCACUACACCACCAUCAUGACUCAUGGGGUGUGUGUACUGAUGGCCUUAGGGUCCUGGAUCAGUGGAGUACUUAUAUCAGCGGUGGAUACCACCUUCACCUUGCUCCUGCCCUACCGAGGACACAAUGUCAUUAACCACUUUUUUUGUGAACCUCCUGCCCUCCUGAAGCUGGCUUCUGCAGACACUUACAGCACAGAAAUGACCAUCUUUGCCAUGGGAGUGAUUAUUCUUUUAGCGCCUGUUUCCCUGAUCCUUGUCACCUACUGGCGCAUUAUCUCCACCGUGAUUCGGAUGCAGUCAGGGGAAGGAAGACUCAAGGUUUUCUCCACUUGCGGCUCCCACCUCAUUGUUGUUGUCCUUUUCUAUGGGUCAGGGAUAUUCGCCUACAUGAGGCCAAACUCCAAGGAAAUGAGUGAAAGGGAUAAAACAAUCUCUGUCUUUUACUCAUUGGUGACACCAAUGCUGAAUCCCAUCAUUUACAGUCUGAGGAAUAAGGAUGUAAAAGGGGCUCUCAGGAAAUUGAUAGCAAAAUAA